AUGCUGCGAGAUGUGGUCCUGCGAGGCGCGGGUUGGCCGUGUUGGCUGCGCUGGCUGUGUUGGCUGAAGAUUGGCGGUUAGGUGCAUCGUAUGUGGAUGGAUGGGUAGAGUCCCAAGACACGAGGAUGGACGGAUAUGGAUGGGAUGCGCUGCGUGUCAGCCGUUUGUCCUUCUUAGUUCGGCGUAGGCAUAAUCCUGUGAUAAGGCGACGCCGCUGGUUGGGGAUUCGACGUCUUGGGCGUGUGUCUGGUUGCCCUGCCUUGGCUCGUCGUCGCUGUUGUGUUCGUCGUCGACUCGUCUAUCGCAGACUUGUAGUCUCUUGUCGUGGGGCUUCUGGCGUCGUCUGGCGUGUCACGUCACAGGCUAUGCGUUUGAGUCAUUCUAUGCGAUGCAGUGUGCGUUUGCAUCCAUCCCGUCUGCAUCUGCAUCUGCAUCUGCAUCUGCUCCGUUUCGUCGGCGUGUUCCACAUAUCGGGGCCCGCACCGAUUUCUUCACUCGUCGCGGGACGUAUGACGCAGAGCCAGCGACUAGUGGGAAGAACUCAGAAAUGGGGACCGCUUUAUUACCUUUCCCCCGUGACUACCGAGUCGGCAUCACGGGAUAUCCGUUGACGAGUUCGCAGGGCCACGAUGUACAGGACGGUAAUUAAUCCAGUGGCCGGUGCUGGUGCUGGCGUUGGUGUUGGUGCGGUGGUUCUCCGUGACGAAAUACAGGGCGGCCAAUCAGCGGUGGAGGAGGGCAGACCUAGGCCAAUGGAAGUGGCGGGUCCAAAUUGAUUGACGGCUGGCUCUAGGCUUGGAAACCACCCAGCCGACACAGAAACAAUAGUUUCGACGAGGCGAGACUACGCCGCAAAUGAAUGGCCAUGAGUUGAAUUGAGCGAGAUUGGCUAUCUGCCUAU